AUGCGGUUUCUUUGCUUUAAUGGAACUUGUGACAAGAAGAAAGAGUCCCUGGAAAUCGAACAGAUGUCGUUUACUUUGGCACAACUUGAGACCUUGGAGGUUUGCCUGAAGGAAGCAGAAGAAAAGGCUAAAGUCUUAUCCGAACAGCUUGCAGUCUCGGAAGGAACAAAAUUAAAGCUGCUUGAGCAAGUUUCCUGGCUGGAGAAAAAGCUAGAAGCUCUGGACUGUAGAGAAGACAGUGGAGAACCAUACAAAAAAAUGGUUCUUGCAAAAGACCAGUGCAUUGAGAAAUUACAGGCUGAAGUAAAAGCUUCCCAGGAGCAACUUACAGCCCAUAAACUAAAGCACAAAAGGAAACUGAAAAAGCUGCAAACUGAUCUGGCGAUAGCUAAGCAAGAGGCUGCCAUCACAGUCCUGGAACUCAAUGAGAAGAUCAAGACUCUAUGUGAAGGAAAGCCAGCCCCUAGAGAAGACAGCUCACUGGAAGAGUCCUGUGGUGGUCUCCCGCCUGUGGAAGAAGGUGACCGAAAAAUCAGCCUGAUUAUGGAGUUGUCGACUCAGGUUUCCCUUCAGACUGAGAAGAUCACUCAGCUGGAAGAAGUUUUAGAGGAAAAGGAAAGGAAGAUUCAGCAGCUGGAAGCUGAGCGGGAGGCCCAUUGUUUCCCAGAGGUCAAGGACUCUCCAGAAUGUUUACAAGAAACCCCAAUUUUCUCUAAUAAUAAUAAUGUUUCUCCUGUGGUUUAUGAUGAGGAUUUGUAA